AUGUACAGAGAAGCCUCAUAUCACCAUAUAUAUACAGAGAAGCCUGAUAUCAGUGUAAAUACAGAGAAGCCUGCUAUCACCAUAUGUACAGAGAAGCCUGGUAUCACCAUAUGUACAGAGAAGCCUGAUAUCACCAUAUGUACAGAUAAGCCUGAUAUCACCAUAUGUACAGAUAAGCCUGAUAUAACUAUAUGUACAGAGAAGCCUGAUAUCACCAUAUGUACAGAGAAGCCUGAUAUCACCAUAUGUACAGAGAAGCCUGAUAUCACCAUAUGUACAGAUAAGCCUGAUAUCACCAUAUGUACAGAUAAGCCUGAUAUCACCAUAUGUACAGAGAAGCCUGAUAUCACCAUAUGUACAGAUAAGCCUGAUAUCAGUGUAUAUACAGAGAAGCAAGAUAUCAGUGUAUGUACAGAGAAGCCUGCUAUCACCAUAUGUACAGAGAAGCCUGGUAUCACCAAAUGUACAGAGAAGCCUGAUAUCACCAUAUGUACAGAUAAGCCUGAUAUCACCAUAUGUACAGAUAAGCCUGAUAUCACCAUAUGUACAGAGAAGCCUGAUAUCACCAUAUGUACAGAGAAGCCUGAUAUCACCAUUUGUACAGAGAAGCCUGAUAUCAGUGUAUAUACAGAGAAGCAAGAUAUCAGUGUAUGUACAGAGAAGCAAGAUAUCAGUGUAUGUGCAGAGAAGCCUCGUGUCAACAUAUGCAUAGAGAAGAAUUAUAUCAGUGUAUGUACAGUGAAGCCUGCUAUCUUUUUAUGUACAGAGAAGCCAUAUAUAAGUGUAUGUACAGAGAAGCCUGAUAUAAGUGUGUACAGAGAAGCCUUAUGUCAGCGUAUGUACAGAGAAUCCUGA